GUCAGGGUUCAGUGUGGUAGUCUGGGCAGAGAUUGGUCAGGUUGAUGGGAGUGAGCGUGGAUGUAGGUGGGGGUCGGCAGUAGAAGUGUGCCUCUGGAAUCUCAGGAUGAAGUGACUGAGGGGUUAGACCCCCGCUAAUCCCCGUUAACAGAUUAAUUAUCUUUGGGCAAUAUCGUGUUGCAGGCUUGUUGUGAAGUCGCUUGGGCGUUAAGCUACGACGGGCUACAUUGCAACGAUAAAGGGUCCCUUAGGGGUGUCUCCUCAAUCUUAAUCCCUCUCUCUCUCUCUCUCUCUCUCUCUCUCUCUCUCUCUCUCUCUCUCUCUCUCUCUCUCUCUCUCUCUCUCUCUCUCUCUCGCACUCUCGCUCACACUGAGAGCUCCUCUCCCAUCCAUCAACACAAGCACCUCUCCACUGUCACCAGACAACCAUACAAUUAUUGGCUAUUUAAUAUUUCAGUAACUGCAAGAGUUAUUGGCUUAUUUCCCCCCCCCCUCCCUUUCCCUUCCCUUAUUUUUUGACAUAUUUUUGGCAUGUCUCUAAGCCAUUUUUUCAGGAUGGUGUUUUUUCAAGAGCAUCAAGCGCUGAUGGCUGGCAGUAUACCUCUUUGAGUGGGUAAAUAUUUCACGGACACCGGCGGGGAGAAGAUACAGAAGGAGAGGGAAACCUCCCAGCGCGACCGACAGAGGGUGGAGGAAGAGACCAGUGGCAGUGGAAAAUGGCUGCCAUGACAACGGUGCCCAGCUAUACCCCUUCGCUGUGGGUGAGAAUGUGUCACGCCCUCCCCCGGCUGGACCUCACCAUGCAGAUGAAGGACAACAUCUUUGUCCCCGACAGCUGGGAGUACCAGCAGACUCUGCUGGUUCUGUCCAGUUUAUCGGCCAUCGCUCUCGUUAUCUCCCUUUUGGUGGUCCUCUCCUUCCUCAUACACUACUGCUGCUGUCACCGCGGUGACCGGAGCGAGGGAUCAGAGGAGGAGGAGGAGGACGAAGAUGGCAGCACAGGUCACGGUUACAGCGGGAAGAAGGGGCGGGGCAUCUGCUGUGUCACGUGGGUGGCGGUGGCAGCUGUCACGCUGUGCUGUGUUGCCAUAGGCGUCGGUUUCUAUGGCAACAGCGAGGCUAAUGAUGGGAUGUAUCAGUUGACCUCGUCUCUUCUCACAGCCAAUUAUACGCUAGCUUCCAUCGAUCUGCUGAUUUCAGAUACAAUCGCCGGGCUGCAGCUGUCUGUCUCUGGCCCUCUGACCUCCAUGGAGGAGCUAUUUACCGGCAGCAAACCCUUCCUGGUGUCGACGCGGAACUGCCGGAGGCUGUCCGACAACGUGGUCAACCUCCUCUCCUCCAUCUCCCUGGCUCGGUCCAGUGCGGACUUCAGCCUGGGGAAUGACAGCAGUAUCAGCGGUGCGUCCAUCAUUCCUCUGACUCCAGUUCCUCCCUCCGUGGCUCCUACAGUGGUGCCGACCAGCGGCUUGAUGCCCAACCCCUUCUCACCUGGCUGGGCGGCCAACACACUGAUGGUCAAUGAGGACUACAGGUGGUUAUCAUACGUGUUGUUGCUGCUGCUUGACCUCAUAGUGUGUCUGUUCAUCCUGCUGGGACUGGCCAAGCAGGCCCGCUGGCUGCUCAUUCUGAUGACCGUGUUGGCCUGGCUGGCUCUCUUCCUAAGCUGGGGCUCCCUGGGCUUGGAGACGGCCACUGUAGUGGCCCUCAGUGACUUCUGCUCAGAUCCAAACACGUUUGUCCUCAACUCCACCCACUUCAACACCGGCACCAGCUCAGAUGUGUUGGAUUAUUACCUGACCUGCAGCAGGCGCAUGAACAGCCCGUUCCAGCAGCUGCUGACCCAGUCACAGAGGGCGCUGUCCAACAUUCACACACACCUCUCCAGUCUGGAAAGAAACGCUCUCACACAGUUCCCCAAAGCUGAGAAAUCACUCAGGGAGGUUCAGCAGAUACUCAACUCCACAGAGGGCAACUUUCAUCAGCUGGUGGCGCUACUGAACUGCCGAGGCCUGAACAAGGACUACAUUGACUCUUUGAAAGGCCUUUGCUAUGACGGGAUGGAGGGACUGCUCUACCUCUCCCUCUACUCUUUCCUCUCUGCUCUGGCCUUCACUGCCAUCCUCUGCUCUCUGCCCGGUGCCUGGAGGAGCUUCCCCAGUGAAUCAGAGGAGUACGAAGACUCGGACAGCGAGAGUGAGGACCCCUUCACCUCCCAUCAGGCACGUAGACAGACGGCCUCGGGGUCUCAGCGAGGGGCCAUGGCCCCCUUCUAUAAUUACCCGGGGGCCGGGUGGACACCCCCCUUUUCUAGCGCGCCGCCCCUCCCGACUCCAAACGUUUCCUCCAAUGGCAACCCUGGCUAUGAGAGCCUCCCCUUGACUGACAGGCAGUCCCCACCCCCCUCUUACUCUCCCAGCAUGCUGACUGGUUACGGGGGAAGUCAAUCACACCCCAAUCCUGCCCAUUCGCGGAACCUGUAUUCACGUUGAUUAUUAUUUUUUUGUUAGGAAAUGUAUAGAAAAAAAAAUGUUUAGUUUUCAUAUGAAUGGACACUUUACUGAAAUGAAAAAGAAAAACUAAUCUAAGUACAAUGAAUGCUAGGUGUGAAUUCAAAGUGCGUAACGUCGGUACCACUGAUAUUAUUAUUAGAAGCACUUAAAAAGAUUCAGGUCUACGUGGACUGUUGAUAUACACAACAGUGAUGAUGCUGGUAAGAUGGUUGUGCAAUGCUAUGAACCAAGUUCCACUUGGUCUAAAUUCUUUCCCCUUGUCUGUCCAAACUCUGUGUAAACUGUGAACAGUGGUGAGGCAAGUCAGAAUGGUAUUGACGUUACUACGUUGUAGUUUUAUAUUCUUAAAUGUAUCAGUACCACCAUUUAUUUUUAAGUUUUUAUAUAAAUAUUGUUGUAGAAAAGCACUGGCACGUAGCAACACGACACAUUUUUUUCUGUGAAUGGUUAUGCAGUUCCUUCACUUGGUAUCAUUUUUUUAUUAUUAUUACUUUUUAUAGGUGGCAAUUCUGUAUUUUCCUUGUAUUACCUUAUGGUAUUCUGUAUAUCUCACUGUCUAUAAUAUCUGAAUAAUCAUCAACCUUUGCUCUUAAAGAAAAAAAAAAAAACUCGAGGGCUACCAAAACCCUGUUUUAACGAUUGAACGGAGAACUACAACUGCCACUCAAGUCUUGAGAGUGUAGAACUACAAAUCCCAUGCAAAUGACAGCAGGUACAUAGCAAUAUGAUUCUUGCUACUGGUGCUGCAGUAGCCCUACCGUAACUAGCAAUAAUACCUAUGUAUAGCAUCGGGUUUCUGAGAUCUCUCCAAGAUGUUUUGUGUAUAUAUGGUAUGGUAUGUUGGAGAUUUCAUUGAAUCCCCCGUCCUUGCCGACUGACCUUGUUAACCCCUUGAAUUGAGUUUGUAUGGUUAUCAAUGCUCCUUUUGAAUGGCAUCCUUUUACACUCAAGAGUCUAAUAUAAAUAAAAAUAACUUCAAUAACCUUCACCUUGUCUUCAUCGUGUCUGCAAGUCAGUAAGAGACACACACAGCAUGCUUUACAGCACAUUCAUACUUAAAACAGGAGGUCAAACUUUAAUAUAAAUAAGCUUCAAUAUUAUGAACCUCUGAGCUCAGCUUUAAGUGUAACUUAGUCACUAGUGUGUACCAGAGACAGUCUUCCUAUUCGUUUGGAUAUGCAUAGAUCAAUAGGAGAGACAAAAUACAAACAUGAACGGUUACAUACAGUUACGGCACCAGUGUCUUUGCAUGUUUGACUCAUUUACAACUUAUCAAAUGUAGUGUUUAUAUUCCUGCAAACUUUCCUUUUGGAAUUUAAAAAUGAAGCAAUCUUCCAGUAUUUCAUCAAGGAACCUAAAAAGGAAGGAAGGGUUUGCUGUGCUGUCAGCUAUAUUGAAGUCUAUGGGAUAUUCGUGGAGAAACACGCUAAAACCCGACAUAUCCACGUUGUGUCACUUCUGAUGAAGAAACGCCUGCGGAAGAGUAAAGAACACACUUCAGAGAGCAGGUUAACGAUGGAUUUCCUCUAUCGACAUGUUGUUCCUCCCUUGAUUUCAUUUGGGAAAGGCUCCUGUUCGCAGUGUAAUGGCAGUCUCAGCGAUAUUAGAUCAGACCAACCCCGUCUGGUCAAGUAUUUCAAUUACUGGUCGUUAACCUACUCUGUGAAGUGUGUUAUAGACUUCAUUACAGCUGGUUCCUUGACUUCGAUAAAAACCUCUGGACUCCUUUGUUUUGUCAAGGAAUCGUUACCGUGUGGAUUCAGCUGCAUUAUCACACGUCAGUAACUUCACUGGCGAAAACAAACCCGAGGUUCACAACGUUCACCCUGCAAGUUUUAAACUGAAGCUGAAGGGAAAAAAAAGCAGGCUGCAUGGAAGAGAACAAAAACACACACACACACACAACAUGUGGCACACUUUGUAGUAAAUGGACGCAAACGUGAAAAGACACUGGCG